AUGCAAUCGGAGGAUAAACACCAAGAGCAGGAUCAGAAUCAUCAUCCCUAUCAGCAACCAGAUCCGACGAAGGUGAUUUGGAAGGCAUUACAAAGGAUGAAGCUCGGAGCUGAUAGAUCGAGAUGGUCUGUUCAUGAUGAUGCCCAGAAGGAAUUCGAAAAAGAUCAUCGACUCUGCCUUGUAGCCAAAGGCCUCAAUAUGGAGCAUCAAAACUCGCCUGGAAUCAAGGUAGCUCUACCCAAGACUUGGCAACUCGUUGGUAAAGUGGAGGGUCAGAUUAACGAUGAUGGAACUGUCAACUUUUACUUCGAUACCGAACACCAUCUACUUAUGGUCCUGGAGAAACAGCCAUAUACGUAUCGAGGAUGGUUGGUGGUGUUGGAUAGGUGGAUCAAUAGAGACAGUCCGACCUUCUUAAAACAGAUCCCCUUCAAGAUCCGAGUUGAAAAGCUUCCUGAUGUCUACAGGCGACAUAGUAUUGUCGAAAGUAUUUGCUCGAGGCUGGGGCAUGUUGAAGAGGUCACAAUUGUGGAGCCUUCUAUUUUCAGAGAAGCUGAAGUUACUGUCAAGGUGUAUUUUGAUGUUGAUGAUCAGAUUACCCUAACGCGAGAAGUUGAAAUUAUUAAGGGUAAAACUCCGGUGGAGCUUGAUUUUCGUUAUGAAGGCUUGCAGAAGUUUUGUCUUCUCUGUGGGAGUCUCAGGCAUGAAUACGAACUAUGUAGUGAAUGUUCUAAGAUGCAACCACGCCAGUUUGAACUGAUGGAUAUUGGAACUAACCCAUAUGCCUCAGUUCAGGAGAGAGAUGCAGCUAUCAGAGAGUACAUCACUAUAAAGGAGACUGGAGAAUCUUCUGGUACUGCUACUCUUAUGCAAACAGAGCCGCCUCCUGCACUCGCAGCUCCUAGACAGAUGACACAAUCAAGGGGCCAGGGAGUAGUCAUCAACCCAGCUGAAGCCGCUCCAACUCAAGCUCAUCUGCAAGUCGUUCCAGCGACCUCUGCUCCAGAUCAACGGGCUAAGAGAAAGACACCAGCUGAUAAAGAGGAACAGGCUUCAACAUCAGCAAAGCGUAUCGAAACAGAACACCCCAACUAUGGUUCGGUGGUUCUCCUUAAACCACAAGGAGAACCAUGA